AUGGCCCACGCUGAAGGGGAUACAGCGAGCAGGAAGCGACGAACUCGAGAAGAGGACGAAGAGUUGGCACAGGCCACCUCGACGACGACCUCGACGCGAGCGGACCAUGAAGGCCACCCGAGCGGCAGGAGGAAGCGAGUGCGCGAGAGUUCAGCCGAAGUCGAUCCCCUCUUCAACACCUGGAACUACUGGAAGGUGCCACUGGAGACAGAACUCGAAGAGCUCGACGAUGACAGUGACGAAGACGGCACCGGCAUGCGCUUGACCUGA